CAUUUAAACUACAGCAUCUGGAGCUGUAGGUGUUUGUUCCUUUUACUAAAUGCUUUUAGCCGCUUUGGAUAACUGUCGAUGUUUUCAGCUUUCGUAUUAACGAACCAAAGCGUCUGUUGGAAAGCAGAGAUGCUGCUUUCAGGAAGUGUCCUUGUGUCAGCUGAGUGGAGCUGUCGGCUGGCUGCUGUCUGGGUGGCGUGAGGUUGACUACUGACAAAAACAAAAAAACAAAAACAAAUUUGGGGAUGUCAGGCAGCGGGUUGGUGUGGAUUUGUUCACAGUAAUGCUUGAGUGUCACUCCGACCAUCUGUUGUGGAGGAUCACCAGUGAAAAUGCCACUGAUGCCAGUUGUCCCAGAGAGCCACAGUCAUGUACUGGCAGAGUUCGACUGCCUCGAUCCACUUCUGUCCGCGCUACGCUUGGACUCUAGCAGACUCAAGUGUACCUGUUUGGCAGCAUCAAAGAAGUGGCUUGCAUUAGGAACAUCAGCAGGAGGGUUGCACCUGAUUCAGCGAGAGGGCUGGAAACAAAGGCUGAUACUAACUCACAAGGAGGGAUCUAUUAUUGAAGUGGCGUGUUGCCCUCAUGAUGAAGACUUCAUUGCUGUCGCAACAAGUCAGGGUCUGGUGGUGGUGUGGGAGUUGCAGCUGGAGCGGCGAGGACGUCCAGAGCGAGUUGGUGUGUCCUGGGAGCACAGAGGUCAGGCCAUCACUGCACUCUGCUGGGACACCAGCACGCUCAGAGUUUUUGUUGGGGACUCAGUAGGCAAGGUGUCCUUUCUCCGUGCAGGAUCCUCCAAGCUGGGGAAGGGGUCAGCAUUUGUUAUGUUUCCUGUUCAGACGGUCACCACUGUAGAUUCCAGGGUGGUUCAGCUUGGGUACCAAGACGGCCACCUGCUGGUGUCUUCUCUCAGCCGCUGCUACCUCUGUGACACAGAGAAGGAGAAGUUUUGGCGUGUUGGAAAUAAGGAGCGUGAUGGAGCGUAUGGAGCUUGUUUUUUCCCUCAAAACAAGGACAGAUUAUUAGCAGGUCAGCCCCCGCUGCUGUUCUGUGCCCGGCCGGGGUCUCGGAUAUGGGAGGCCAGUUUUAAUGGCGAGGUUCUGAGCACGCAUCAGUUGAAACUGCUACUGGCCUGUCCUCCUCUUCCACUCAUCACUUACAGGAAUGAGCCAAAUUACAGUCUAGCACAGAGGAGUCCCCAGUCACUUGCCUUUCCUAAACUGCUUUAUCUGGGAGACCACAACUUGCUGACAUGGACUGAUUCAGCCAUUUAUAUCUUCACACCUCAGAAUGGACAAGUGCUCCUGUGGACUGAAGUCAAAGAUGUGGUUGACAUCGCAGUCUACCGCAGUGAGCUCUUCUGUCUUCACAGCAGCGGACAUCUGUCCCACCUGGCCCUGUUACCUGCCGAGCGCUGUGUUGAGCGUUUGCUGCGCAGGGAGUCCUGGCCGCUGGCUGCUGCAGUCUGCUGUAUGUUUCAGCACACUGUCACCACCAGCAAGGCCAGGAAAUAUAUUCCCAUCGACCGCCUUGAACAUCUCAGGUCCCAGCUCAGUUCCACCACACACCUGGACCUGAUUGGCCAGCUGGAGGAAGUCAUUAGUAAACUCGAGCCUCCGGACUCAGCCUCCAGCAGCCGCAGAAGCAGUAUCUCCUCACAUGAGAGCUUCAACAUCCUGGACUGUGGAAUCUACCGAGUGAUCAGCCGCAGAGGAAGCCAGUCAGACGAGGAGACGAGCUCCAUCAUCACUCAGUCCGCGUCGGAGGAGGAGCGACUCAAGGAGUUCAGUUUUGUGCAGGAGGAAGAUCAGGUGGAUCACGAUCCACAGAGCGGUGAGCGUUUGGAGGCUGAGCGAUCUGAGCAAGGCCUGCAGUUCCACCUCCCACUCUCAUUCCGCCCCAAACCCCCUCGCAUCGCUCUGCAGGCCGUCAAAGACAGUGUUUCUAGUUUUGUUAAGAAGACAACAGAGAAGCUCAACACCCUCCAGAUGAACUCUGAGAUUUGGCAGCGACCAGAAUUCAGAGAGUGCGGACAGGCUGAAAUGUCAUCCACCGCAGCUCCAUACUCAGAAGAAAUGGAAACUGAAGUUUAUGUUGAAAUGCCUAACACCACCAAGGCUGACAUGCAGGAACUUCGAUCAGCAACAGAGCGAGCUAUCUCCCAGAGCCAAGAUCCACUGAUACUACUGGAUCCAGUCAGCUUGGGAGAAACCCUGCUGGAGUGGCUGUCGGUGCUGGAGCGAAUCCUCGGCCCUGCAGAGCUCAGCUCAGCUGCUGUGACUGAUUCAAACUUGGCUGGAUCAGGAGAGGAGAGAGGGGAGAGCGAUUAUCUAAAUUCCUGCUCAGAUCAACAAGAGGAAUCUUCCUGCUCAUCAAGAGAACCAGCAGAGGGUGAUACAGAGGACAAGAAGGGAGAGUCUCCUGAGUUCAGAGAAGAAGAGGACCAGCAUUAUUCCAUUAAGACUGAGCCUAAACUCUCAAAUGAAAGCCCACCAGAGCCUGUGCGAGUGUUGUCCCCCAAACCUGUACCAUCAGAUCUCCUGGCUAAUCUCACCCAGUUGGCCACACUAUACGCAGAGCUGAGCUGCUUUCAAAACCCAGUGGAUGAAAAAGCAUUGCGCUGCACAACCUUCCUGCACCGCUACUUCUUUUUGCUGGACCAAGAACGCAUGAGAAGAACGUGUCUGCUGUGUUACCAGGAGCAGCCGCAGGUGCAGAGCUCCUUCACUGAGGCCAUGCUAGAGCUCACUCAGUCCAGUAAGAUGGUGGAGGUUAUUCAGAGAGGUGAUUUGCUGAGAUCACUGCGCAGUCUGAGAGAGCUGCAGCCCUGGAGUGCACCUCUUCUCCUCGCUCACCUGCACAGGCUGUAUGAGAAGCAUGGGGAAGCAGCAGUACGCUCAUUUUCCCAGUUCUAUCCUACCAUAACUCCUGCUGAUGUGAUGACCAUGGCUCAGCAAAGCCACUUCCUGGCAUAUCUGGAUAAUCUGGUCCAGUCGCAAACUGAGGAGCACAGGUUGGCGUUUUUGCAGUCCCUUCUUGAACCUGAAUCUCUGCGACAGGAUUGGUUGGAACUGGCACUUACCCAUGAUGCUCCUCAACACUCUGACACCAUAGACCCUGAUGGACAGCCUAGGUGGCAUUCACAUUGUUUCAGCUGGGGUUAUGGACGCCUUCUGUCUCUGCUGAUUCGUCUUCCUGCAGACUUGGUGUCCAAGCAGAAGAUGGCAGAGACCUGCCACAAUCACGGGUACUGGAUGGGCUACCUGUACCUCUGCUGUGAGCUGCAGCGUCGAACAGAAGCGUUCUCCACCAUUUGUCAGCUGGAUGACAUCAGCCUUUUGGAGGAACCAGAUGGUGUAGAGCCACAGACCCUGGAUGAGUGGAAGCUCUUGAUUCAGAUGUCUCAGCGGUACAGCAGCGGGGUAGACUCAGAGCAAGUCGGGGGUGUGAAUGGUGGCAGCCGGUCCAGUGGCUCAGCAGACUGUGGAGGGAAGAUCAACCCGGAGAGCCUGACCCUGAGGGUGGCCCGGAUGGCCGGGCCUGACCAAGCUCUGGCUAUGCUAGAGGAGUGUCGGGUGCAGCUGGACCUUUCCCCUCAUUCCAAACUGGUCUGUGAGCUUCUGAGAGUCACUGAGAAGAGGCAGAGGGCAAUCAUUCAGACGAUGCUGGAGCGCUGCGAUCGGUUCCUGUGGUCUCAGCACGCCUGACUCCAGACCAGCAGCAGACAGCAGCUUCUAUAAGCCAAACACAUUCUCUAACACUGUAUGUAUGUAAGUCUCCUCUCCAGUUGCUGGGACUGAAUUUAUGCACUGGUAUAUCUGUCAGACCUUCCCAGUUUUUUUGUCCAGUAUCAUCUCUUCGUUACUUUUACUUGCCAGUUUUAACAACAUUCAGGGGUAAGUACAUGGUGUUAUCACAUUACUUUUUUAAUGAGUCAGGUCAAGCAUGCACAGAUAAUCAAACACUUCAUGUAAUGUAUGACAACAUUUGAACGCUCAGUAAUAACUGUGAAAUAUUCUAACCAGAUAAUAUGUGAAUAAAACUGUCAGCAUGAAAGGUC